AUAUUUGCCCUGUUGAAGGUGCGUUAGUCACCGAGCCGGUAGGCAACUCAUUUAAUGGCUGGUCCAUUCUUUUAUUAAAGGACCUUUUACUUUUUACCUUAAAUCUUGGUGUGUAGCCUGUCUUUCCAUUGUUUUUAUCCUGCUUUUUGCUGUCGACGGAGCACCACCUGCACAUCACCGUUCAUUGUGAGCACCUGUGCACCUGCCAAUCUGGUCUGUAGCAGACAGGAAGCUGUUUAACAAGGUGGACAGAGCUCUCUUGUGUUCCUGUGUGUCUCCAGUUUGAGAACAGUUCUGCUGUAGUCGACAACAAGCUAUCGGACCAAGAUGUUCUGUUGGCAGGAGUUCAAGUGUCUUCUGCUGGUUCUGCUGGUUCUGUUGGACCCACAGCUGGCAUGUGAGCAGGAGGCUAAGCAUCUUCAGCGACAGGCUAAGGAGAACAUCACGCUUGCUGUUAUUUUGCCUCAGAGUAACAUCAGCUAUCCAUGGGCGUGGCCUCGUGUUGGCCCUGCCCUGGACCGGGCCAUCAGGACCAUCAACUCGGACCCCACCCUGCUCCCUGACCACCACCUCACCUACGCCUUCAAAAACAGUGAGAACCACGUUGGGGUCUGCUCGGAGUCGGUGGCGCAGGUCAUGGCGGUGGACCUGAAGCUAGCCUACGACCCGUGGGCCUUCAUCGGGCCCGGCUGCUCCUACACCUCCUCCCCCGUCGGCCUCUUCACCACCCACUGGGACGUGCCCAUGAUCACGGCGGGCGCUCCUGCGGUGGCGUUCUUCGGGGGCACCUACCCGUCCAUCACCAACACAGGCCCCACCCACAAGAAGCUGGGAACGUUCGCACUCAGAAUCUGCGAACAUUUCGGCUGGCGUGAUCACGUGCUGCUGAUGUUCAACGAUGAGAAGGUGGACGACCGGCCAUGUUUCUUUGCCAUCGAGGGUCUGUAUGAAGGUCUGAAGACCAUCAACAUCAGCACGCAGGACAGUGUGUUUGAAGAAAACAAACCACCAAUCAACUACUCCCAGAUCCUCAACGACAUCCAGAGCAGCGGCCGCGUUAUGUUCGUCUGUUGCUCUCCGGACGUCUUCAGGAAGUUAAUGAUUCACUUCUGGGAGGCCGACCUUCCUCACCAUCAGUUCGUCUUCUUUUACAUCGACCUGUUUGCUGAGAGCCUGAACUCCAGACAGCAGCAGCCAUGGUUCCGUGGAGACAAGGAUGAUGCAGUGGCCAAGAAGGCCUUCCAGUGUGUGAAGAUCCUGACAUACCACGAACCUCAGAACGCUGAGUACCAAAGGUUUGUCUCAGACCUGAAGACCGAUGCUUUAAAGAUGCUUAACCACAGUUUGGACCACUCUCUGAUGAACAUCAUAGCUGGAGGAUUUUAUGACGGUCUGAUGCUUUAUGUCCACGCUCUGAAUGAGACCAUGUCUGCGUCCGGCUGUCGGCCACCAGGGAAAGUUGUGACCAAGAGGAUGUGGAAUCGAACGUUUCACGGUGUGACAGGGCUGGUCCACCUGGAUGAGAGUGGAGACAGGGAGACAGACUUUGCACUGUGGGACAUGAUGGACACCAACAGCAGCACCUUCCAGAUUGUUCUGGUCUACAACAGCCUAGAGAAGCACCUGAAGGUUGUUCUUGGAACUACUGUGCACUGGCUCCAAGGAAACGUUCCUCUAGAUGUUCCCAUCUGUGGCUUCAAGAACGACAACCUCCAGUGCCACCAAAAGACCAUCACCAUUGACCAGAUGGUCUUCCUUGUGGUCUUCUUCAUCCUCACGAUGACCCUCACUGUUGCUGUCUUCAUAUACAGGAGGAUGAAGCUAGAGAAGGAGCUGGUGGCUCAGCUCUGGAGGAUCUCCUGGGAUGAAGUCCACUUGAGCAACCUGGACAAAGUCCUGCGGAGCGGCAGCAAGAUCACUCUGUCACUAAAAGGCUCGAAUUACGGCUCCCUGCUGACUGGAGAUGGAAACCUGCAGAUCUUUGCAAAGACGGGAUACUACAAGGGGAACAUCGUGGCCAUCAAAUAUGUGAACAAGAAGCGCAUCGAGCUGAACAGGAAGGUCCUGUUUGAACUCAAACACAUGCGAGACGUUCAGAAUGAACACAUGACCCGAUUCAUUGGAGCUUGUAUCGACCCACCUAACAUCUGCAUCAUCACAGAGUACUGUCCCCGGGGCAGUCUGCAGGACAUUCUGGAGAACGACAGCAUCACUCUGGACUGGAUGUUUAGGUAUUCUCUCAUCAACGACAUUGUGAAGGGCAUGGUGUUUCUCCACAACAGUGUCAUUUCCUCUCAUGGGAAACUCAAAUCUUCCAACUGUGUGGUGGACAACCGUUUUGUCCUGAAGAUCACCGACCAUGGUCUGUCCAGCUUUCGAUCUGAAGGUGACUCAGGAAACAACGCUCACACUUUCUACGCUCGAAAGUUGUGGAUGGCUCCAGAGCUGCUCCGGAUGGAGUCUCCUCCUCCUCAGGGGACCCAGAAAGGAGACGUCUAUAGCUUUGGGAUCAUCCUCCAGGAGGUGGCGCUGCGACGAGGAGCCUUCUACCUGGAGAGUGACCCACUGAGCCCCAAAGAGAUCGUUGACCGGGUGAUUCUAGGUGAGUGGCCAUGCUUGAGGCCCACCGUGGACCCUCAGAGUCACAGUCCUGAGCUGGGUCAGCUGAUGCAGCGCUGCUGGGCCGAGGAACCAACAGAGAGACCUGACUUCAACCACAUCCGCCUGCUGCUGCGCAAACACAACAAGGAGUCCAGGAGAAACAUCUUAGACAACCUGCUGUCACGCAUGGAGCAGUACGCCAACAACCUGGAAGAGCUGGUGGAAGAGCGAACACAGGCCUACCACGAGGAGAAACACAAGGCUGAGGCCCUGCUGUACCAGAUACUGCCUCAUUCGGUGGCAGAGCAGCUGAAACAAGGAGAGAUGGUUCAGGCUGAAGCUUUUGACUCGGUCACCAUCUACUUCAGCGACAUUGUUGGAUUCACAGCUCUGUCUGCAGAAAGCACCCCCAUGGAGGUGGUGACUCUGCUCAAUGACCUGUACACUUGUUUUGAUGCCAUUAUUGAUAACUUUGACGUUUAUAAGGUGGAGACUAUCGGCGAUGCCUACAUGGUGGUGUCGGGGCUGCCGGUGAGGAACGGGAAGCUGCACGGCAGAGAGAUCGCCCGCAUGGCGCUCGCCCUGCUGGGGGCCGUCCGCACCUUCAAGAUCCGACACCGACCUGAACAUCAGCUGAAGCUGAGGAUCGGGAUCCACAGCGGUCCGGUGUGUGCCGGGGUUGUGGGCCUGAAGAUGCCUCGGUACUGUCUGUUUGGUGACACGGUCAACACGUCGUCUCGUAUGGAGUCCACCGGAGAAGAGCUGAAGAUCCACGUGUCGGCAGCGACCCGGGACGUCCUGAUGGACUUUAACUGCUUCCAGCUGGAGCUGAGAGGAAGCAUGGACAUCAAAGGCAAAGGAAGAAUGAUCACCUAUUGGCUGCUGGGAGAGAGCAACAGCCAAUGAGGACGCAGUGCAGAGAGGAAGAUGAAGGAGGGAGGACACAGUUCAGGCUCUGGUCCUCAUGAGUGCACAUUUGUCUGCUGCAUCCGUCACUGCCCCGCACCGAGGACUGGCCCAACAUGAAGGCUCCUCACGGCCGACAAACUCUGGAAAUCCCAGGAUGCAUCUGUCCAACAGCAUUUGAAGAGAUUUAAACUGAUUUAUCUUUAACGUUUUGAUUAAAACCAUAUAAAACAAAA